CAAAACUACCCUUCCCAGCGCGCCCCGCUCCGUCGUGGCUCCAGCUGUAAACAAACAGCACGGAGCGCGAUGGCGGCGGCUGGGGAGCAGUGAGCGUCGGGGCUGUGGCCAUCAGCGGGGCGGGGGCAGACGGCUUCUGCGCUUUCCGUGUGGGUCUGCAGGGGCUGGCGGUGCACAUGGAUGACAGCAAGGUGGUUGGAGGCAAAGUAAAGAAACCAGGAAAGCGAGGUCGUAAACCAGCCAAAAUAGACUUGAAGGCAAAACUUGAAAGAAGUCGUCAGAGUGCAAGAGAAUGCAGAGCCAGGAAGAAGCUGAGGUACCAGUACCUGGAAGAGCUGGUUUCAAGCCGAGAGCGAGCCAUCUGUGCUCUCAGAGAAGAGCUUGAAAUGUACAAGCAGUGGUGCAUGGCAAUGGACCAAGGGAAAAUCCCCUCUGAAAUAAAAGCCUUACUAACUGGAGAGGAGCAGGGCAAAGCACAGCAGAACUCAACCAAACUCACCAAGGCUGGGAAGACAGAACCAAACAGCAGCAAUCCUUGAGUCAAAUGCAGAACCUUCUACACUACAGCAGAGAUAGCUUGGUAGCUAGCAGAAGAAUGUUGUUAUUGGAGAAGUGGAUGGAUCCCUGGGUCCAGGGUGAAGGAUGCCAGUCUGCUGUCUUCUCUUCGCUCCUCCCCACAUGAAACUCUUUGCUUGUGGUAUUCCUAAACCUUCAUGGAGUGGGGCUUCUAGGGUAAUAGGUGUUCGUGUAAGUGGAGCCUUGUUCUUCCGUUCUCAACACCUCACCCCCCAAAAUACAUCAAUAUAGCUUUUGGACAUUCCUAGUAAGGGAUGGCAGCAGCUUUUGUGUUAGAGGCAUGAGACUAGAAUUAGACUGGCUUUGUGGUCAGUAGUUAUGUGGUUGGUAACCAUUAUGGGAGUCUGAGGGGUUCUGUACAAUAAAAGCAGGAGAAAGAUCUUGUAACAGCUUUACUAAAGCUAAAUGGAAUGCUGCAAGACAAGGAAAAGGAGCCUCAUCAAGUUUUUAGCAAAAAGUUUUAUAGCAAAGUAACUUGCAACCUAAAUAAAGGUGUUGUUUUCUGCAUCAUUUAUAACACUACAUGUCUUCUUUGUUGAUGGAAUUCUUAGAGAAGUACUACAUAUAUUCCCUGCUUCUGCCCAUACUUUUGUCACAGGAUGUAUUUCUUCCCUCUUACCCUCAGUAAAAUAGUCAAAACAUCUAGCUACAUCCUCCUUAGGAUGUAGAAAAACAAAGUUGCAUCAAAGAAGAUAGAAAAACAAGUUGCAUCAGUCUGGUCUUAUCAAAACAGAGAUGAUGGCAAAAGUUUUGUGGACUGAUUUACUCACCCAAGACACUGACAGAUGACCUGUUACUUUAUUUAGACUGCACUUUCUUCUGUAUAUGCUUUUGUGCGUGUGAUGAAAUGCAAAGAGUGAGCUCCCAGGAUUUUCAGUGGGACUUCUGCUUUGCUUGUUCUCUGUUUUGUUUAUGACAGUGUCUUUCUUUGUAUUUUAUGAGAUGCAUGGAAAAAAUUUUAAUCUUAUGUUUUCUUCUUUGUUUCAUAAAAUAAAUAUUGUAAUGAAUGAC